UAACUUUGGAAGCGGGAGAGGGGAUCGGGCUCCUGGGAAGGCGCGGUGGCGGGAAUCCGCCUUGAACAAACCCAAACACCUGGAAGCUGGCGCGCCGGCGGGAAAAGCAGGGCAUCCAACGGCGCAAAGCGGAGCGCAGGCUGCCUGGCUCAGCCCCUCACACGUCCGCCGCCCGGGAAUGAACGCAGCUGCGCUGAGGCCGCCUGAGACCCGAGCCGGGAUCCGAAGCGCGCUUCCUGAAGCCUCACUUACGGAAGGGUGGCCGCUCUCACCUGAGGAAGGCGACCCUGAAGGACAAGGCGGGACCGGUCUACCAGCCUGCCUCCUCUGCGGCGGCUUUGCCUCUCGAGGAACAGGAUGGUCUAUUGAAGCGGGACUUCGGUCCUGACGUACCAAGUGUCCUGUCCUCUUCCGUGCAAGUAUAACACGCUCCACAAUCUGCUCAGCACAGGAAGAGUUAAAGAUGAUGAUGAAGAAAAAGAGGAAGCGCGGAGGUCCGUCCCCCGGCUCAUGCCUCAGCCCCGUCGCCGCCCCGCCGCCGGAAUCCCGAAGAGCUGCAUGGACGGGCAUGGGGACAGCGGCCCCUUUCUGCGCCAUCGCCUCCGCCGCGGUUGAGGAGCAGCCAAGCCGUCCCGGUCGUCAACCGCGCCUCCCGCCUUCGACUGCCCUCGUCGUGCUGCUCGGCCUCGGGCUGCUCCUACACGCAGGUGAUUGUCAGCUGCAGACACCAUGUCGAAUCCAGAAGUGCACUACAGACUUUGUAUCCCUAACAUCUCACCUGAACUCAGCCAUUGAUGGCUUUGAUGUGGAGUUUUGCAAAGCCCUCAGGGCCUAUUCUGCUUGUACCUAUCGUAAUUCCAAAGUCUGCCGCGGCAACCUGGUCUAUCAUUCUGCUGUGUUGGGGAUUGGUGAUCUCAUGAGCCAGAGAAACUGUUCUAAAGAUGGUCCAACAUCCUCUACUAAUCCUGAAGUUGUUCAUGAUCCUUGCAAUUACAGUGGCCGUCAGGCAACCAGAGAUUAUCGCGGAGGAGAGCAGAUUCCCCCUACUUACUUUUUCUGUGGCUUGUUUGGAGAUCCCCAUCUACGGACCUUUAAGGAUCAUUUUCAGACAUGCAAAGUGGAAGGGGCUUGGCCGCUCAUAGACAACAACUAUUUAUCAGUGCAAGUGACAAAUGUUCCUGUGGUCCCAGGAUCCAGUGCUACUGCAACAAAUAAGAUUACCAUUAUCUUUAAAUCUUACCAAGACUGUACAGACCAGAAGGUGUAUCAGGCAGUAACCGAUGAUUUGCCAGCAGCUUUUGUAGAUGGCACAACUAGUGGUGGAGAUGGGGACCCCAAAAGCUUGCGUAUUGUGGAAAGAGUGAGUGGCAAAUAUGUGGAAAUGCAUGCUAGGUACAUUGGAACUACCGUGUUUGUGCGCCAGCUUGGCCGUUACUUAACACUAUCCAUUCGCAUGCCAGAAGAGCUAGCUCUGGCUUAUGAGGAGAGCCAGGACCUGCAGCUCUGUGUGAACGGCUGCCCUUCCAGUGAACGCAUUGAUGACAACGGGCAUCUUCCUUUACCAGUGGUAGGGCAGCUCCUUCCUUCUGGUGCUUCAAGUCACACCCGUUCCAUAUAUACACUGGAGAGUGCAACCACCAAGUGCCAUGAGAAGAUGCUGCUGAAGGACAUCUAUUUUCAUUCUUGUGUGUUUGAUUUACUCACCACCGGUGAUGCCAAUUUCACAGCUGCUGCACACAGUGCCUUGCAGGAUGUUGAGGCGCUGCAUCCGAGGAAGGAGAGAUGGCACAUCUUCCCCAACAAUGAGGGCAGUGUUCAGGGGGGAGAAUUUGGACUUGGACUUGGACUUGUAGGCUUUCUGCUUCUUGUGUUUUUGUAGGAUCCUCCCCUCUUUGGUGGUUGUUGUAGAGAACAAAGUUUUAAAAUAUAUAUUGUCAUAAUAUAUUAAGAACAUAUAUGUAUAUACCGUGUAUAUGAAGGGAUGCUUUUUUGUCCUGGGACAUCCAGAGGAGUGUAUAUAAUUGUGUUAUCCUUUUUCUUAUGUAUGUUGGAUGUAAUAUUCUUUUGAUUGUAAUAUUUUUUUGCUUUGCAGUUGGUGAAACAUUUUAUAAUGUCCUCUCAUCAGGACCUAAUAGAAAGCACUUUAUUUUUUAUAUAUUAACUAUUUAUGUGUAUCUAGGUAAUAUGUAAAGCAUAUAUCCAUCUGUACAUAUAUCAUAACCAGUAUGCCCUCUAAGUAUUGCCUAGCUUAAUUCAUACACUUAUACAUUUUAUUUGAUUUCUUUUCUUUCUUUUUUUUGCCAUUCCUUUAGCCAGUUACGGCAACACAAGAAUCUAGCUAGGUAGAUAAUGUAGACCUAGGUCUAAGACAAGCCUAGGAUUUACAUUGGACCCUGGGCCAGUAGCCUCCAUUUCAUAGGAAUGCAGCAAUUAUUGGCCAUCAGCCCUCAGAAUUAGUGCAUUCAAAACUGCAUCUUAUUGUUUGCUGAUGCAGCAAAUCUCUGCUUCCUUCCAAGAAUUGCUUUUUAGGAUUAAAAAUUGUACUUGGCUUCUAAUAUACAAGUACAAAAUACAAGUUUUCUACGAAUUUCGCAAAGGACACACACAGAAAGCUGUGUCUCUUUUCCUUCCAGAUGUCUAUGAAUGAGGCCUAAAGACUUUCCAAAACUUUUUGGGGUGGGCUAGGACUCAAAUCUCUUUCAUAUCUAUAUGGAUGUCUUCAAGUGGUUUGUAUUAAAUGUUGUACCCUAAGAUAGUGGUAGGCCUUACUUGCUUAAUUUUACUCCUAAACAUUUUUGCAACAACAGCAAAACCCAUAAAAAUUGGUAACGAAUAUAAUUUUUGAAUUGUCUGAAAAGAAAGGUAGAAAAUUAAGAAAAUGGAUAUUGCUCAGGAGGUUAACUACUUAAUUAUCAUUCCUUUGUCAAUUUUAGCAAGUUGCUCAACUGCAAGACUUUGUGCAUUGGUCUAAGUACAAAGAUGCAUAUAAACAUUAUUUUAGAUGUGUAAAAGACUGGCAGAUUUAUUGUAACAUCAGUUUUGAUGGACUACAAUCUACUCUAUUAUAUGAUGCAUCUGUGAUACAAGCUGCAGCCAAUAAGAAAUUAAUGACACAAUUAAAACUUUUGGGUGCCCAAAUGCCAUUUUGGGUUUUUCUUCUUCUUCUGUGUAACUGAGGAGACUGUGUAAGUGUUCCAUACUUACAGUAUUUUAUUUCAACAUAGCUCCUUCCAGCGCUUGCUAGAAUUGUUGCACUUAGGUCCUUAAAAUAUACGCUAGGCACAGAGAAAUCUAUAUAAAACAUUCACUGCCAGCUGAACAAUCAUUUUUUUACUCUCUUAUUAGCAGAAUAUCAUUUACCAUGCUAGCAACUAGGCUGACAACAAGCCUGCUUCAGACCAUUUCAGGUUAAAUGUGAUUUAAGGAUUGCUAGAGUUUCUGGUUACUAAAAACAAUCAGCUUUAGCUACGCUUAAUGAAGAGCAAUUAGCAAAACCAGGCAUUGUGUUGGGAAGGCAUGGUGGUUCCUUGGACUGUGAAAUGGUACAUGCUCCUUUGGACUUUAGUGGUUGAUCUAGGAAUGGGUUGCUAUGUUUAACCAGCAUUUGAGACUGGAAAUGUCAAAGAUUGAAGGUGCCACCAUUAUCCUGUCCCUGGAUUUAGUUGCAUUGUCCUUCCAUGUGCUCAGUAACUUUCAUUGAAGUGGAAAAAAUUGGUUUGUAAUACUGAUUGGAAUUGUAUCCUAGUUAUACACAUAUCGUACUUCUAGCUUGCUUGGCUUGGAUUUAUGACAUGCAAAUUCUUGUUGAGCUUGAGUAAAUCCUCCCUGUCUGCUUUAAAGUGACAGCACCAUAAUUGUAUAAGCUUUUACUUAAAGUCACCAAAUACAAGCAAAAUUGCUUGCUAGUUUGUAUAUUCAAAAUGUGCCUGAUGUCAAAAGUGUUCGGAUGAACUUGAGGUUCAGUUUUUGUGGCUGAAGUACAUGACUUAGUUUUUGCAGCUACAAAAUGUUUAAAAUUCUGCCUUUGGUCAGUUGUUAAGGCAAUAAGGCAACAUAGAAUAUGAAACCAACCUUACUGUAUUUCUCCCCCUGUACCCUUUCCAGUCUUGUAUGGAGACAGACAUGAUGGUCUUAGAAUAGUUGAUUUUUUUCAUAUUUUUAUGUGCCAAGUGAAAAGGUAUUUGUGGAAGAAGUCUGGUUAGACAAGUCUAGAGUUGUAGCUACAAUGUAAGCCCAUUGUAAACAACAGGUAUAUGCUAAUUUUCUGCAUUCCCAAGAUGUGCAUACAUGCAUGUGCUGACAAAAAUGCACAACGAAUAACUCUAAACUGAAAUCCAGAGAGGAAUCCUAUUUUGGAAACGUUGGCAUUUGGAAUGCUUUUUGCUUCUUGUCCUGUGCGAUUUCUUACGAAAAUGUUAUUCGCACAUGUUGGUUCUUAAAAGUCCACCAUAGCCAAAAGAACUUUAGUUAAUGCCAAACAUAUGGAUAGUUUGAAGCUAGUGAGUGGUCUCUGGGAGAAAACAUAUACUUAGAGGGAACACUGGUUUUCACAGAUACUCCAACUGACUGUUUCUUUUAGAAAACUUCAGACUUACGCUUGAGAAAAAGAAUACAAAACAAAACCCACAGUAUGCCCGAUAUUUUGCAAACCGUUUUAGAUGUGCUUCAUGGCUAUACUAUUAAGUAUAUGUUUGUGUGAAAAAGAAAAGUGACCGUGCAGUGUAUACUUUAAAUUAUGAUAGAAUAAUAAAGUUACAUAUCAUGCUGUGGAA